GAUUUCCACAAUCGACGAUCUACGGGGUUCACUCGGCCGACUACACGGCAACGGCAGCCAUUUCGACGCUUCUCGACGCUCUUCCACGCUCCGAAUUCGUCGAGGUACAAACUCCAUUGCGUUCGCCGCGUUCACAAAUUGUUAUUGUUAUCGUCGUUUAUAAUCAGCGUUCUUCUUCAUGAAACACUCCGCUUCUGUGUAGCGAUUCGGUACAGUGGGGGGGACCUGAUGUAUGUUGCAGGGCUUUAGACGACUCGGUGUGUGUUAGGUGCCAAGGACAGAUUUGGCCUCCACGAUGGAUUUUGCACAAUGAUAUGGUGCAGUUAACUUUUCUGCUUCUGCAUUUCAUUGUUCUUCGCUGAUGAGUGGUUUGCUGCUCGGUCAUCUUUGUUCUCAAUCAACUCUUAUCUUUCGUCGUUUUAGCUGAGAAAGAGAGAAAGAAAGAGGGAGAGACAGUGUAAAGAAGAAAGAAGUUUCUAAAGUCUGAAAGAUACAAGCGUGAAACAACUUUUCGAAAAUGAGCGUCAUAAUCAGGCUGCAAAAUCUGGCGUGGUCCGCCAAUGCGUUGGACAUACGUCAAUUUUUCAGAGGCCUGAGCAUCCCGGAGGGAGGAGUCCAUAUUGUCGGCGGCGAAUUGGGAGAUGCGUUUAUCGCAUUCAGUACCGACGAAGAUGCUCGCCAAGCAAUGAUGCACGAUGGCGGCAAGAUCAAGGAGAUGAAGAUCAAGUUGCUAUUGAGCUCACGCACCGAGAUGCAAAAGGUAAUCGAGGCCGCUCGGCAGCAGACUUUGAGCUUGCAAUGCAUCAUGCAAACCGCGCCGGUGGCGGUACCGCCUGUGGUUCCUGGCAAGCAGCCCGGUUCGCCGACAGAUAAGAGAGACAAGGAUAACGACAGCGAGUCCAGCAAGGAGCGGAAGGAUAGGCGCGAUCGAUCGAGAUCGCGGGACCGUUCGCGGUCGCGCGACCGCGAUCGUGACCGAGAUCGCCGCGAUCGGGAUCGCGGGAGAGACCGGCGCCGACGGGAUCGCAGUCGAUCGCGAGACCGUGAACGCGAUAGGCGAGAUCGGCGUCGUCGCCGGGACCGGUCCAGGUCGCGCGAUCGCACCAGAUCGCGCGAUCGCGAUUCCAAGCGGAACGCCACGAACGACAGGCGCAAGGAUACUAACGAGGAUGACAACAGCGAGGUCGUGUGCGUCGGUCAGUUUCACAAGGACAAGGCGUCUGCGGCUACGUCGAAGAAACCGCUUGAGAACGGCAUAUGGGAGGUUCCGCCGCAGACGCAGAUGCAGGCCGCUCUGUUGGCGCCGAGCAUGUUGGGGGCCGGCGUCGCAGCUCUGUCCCAGGACUCGGAGACUCAGCGUUCAGCCAUGGCCGGCUUUGGCACCCCUGUUAUGGCCCAGCAACCGAUGCUGCAAUCCGGACAGUUCUCCCUAAACGGUCUUAAUGGCGUCGGCAAUCUCAUGCAACCGCACAUGCAGACAAUCGGGCACACGGUGGGCAUGACGUCGUUGUCGCAGAAUCUCAACACCGCCGCCGGUCUACCUAGUUUGAGCGGUCUCGGAACUCGUCCCAAGGAACCCUGGGGUCAAAGCGAGCAGGGAAGAAUAGAGCAGACUGGGCGAUUCUCCGGCCGAUCGAAUCAAUUCAGUAAUCAGGAUUACGGGUCCGCGGGCAAUUACCGCGGCACCAGGCCGAACAAUCCCUUCCUGAACAAGGUGCAAGAGCUCGAGGGCCGUCGUAAUCCACACGCGUUCCAGGCUGGCAGCUCCAACUUCAGCAGCUACGACAACGAUCGGCCAACGUCCGGCAGAAAGUCCGGCAACUCGAGAUUCUCCAACGAGAAUAAGAACGGCAGCGGUGGUGGUGGAGGUCAUUGCGUGGAAGUGCGCAACAUGCCGUUGAACGCGACAUACGCGGAUCUACGCCACGCGUUCCAUGGCAUCUACAUCAGGAAGGACGGCAUGAAGAUAAUCAACGAUAACCACGGUAAUCGCGUAGGCAUCGCGUAUAUCAAGUUCGGCAAGGCCGACGGUAAGGAACUCGCGCUGAGCACAACGAGAUACGUGCGAGGUUCCGAGGUAGAGGUGCUCGAUUUGGACGAGAGUAUCUUCGAAAAAGCUGUGAAUUCUUACUCGCCCGAAGGCAGGGAGGAUGGCACCGACGGCGACAUCAGGAACUCUAUGUGCAUCCUGCUGACCGAUUUGCCGUCCUUCACCAAGGAGAUGGACAUAGCCAAAUUGUUUCACGACUGGAAGAUCAACGAUCUCUUCAUUACCAAUAGCAAGGAGAACGGUACCACUCAGUAUAUGGCUUACGUGCAAUUCGCGCGACUGGAGGACGCCAAGUCGUCGUUGAGCACACCUCUCAAGAUCGGUAGCAAGCAAGUGACCGCGACGGCGAUCAGCGAGGAUAAGUUCGCGCAGGCGAAGCGCGAGCACGAGCAAACGAGCAUGAAUCAGACGGAUUGUAUUCUCAUGCGUGGCUUGCCGUUCCAAACGAUCGACCGCGACAUCUUCGACUUCUUCUCGGACAUCGGCAUCGUGCCGCUCUGCAUUCACAUGAUGCUCAAUCAGCAGGGCAAACCGGCCGGCGAAUGCUUCUGCGAGUUUGAAUCGGCCGACAAGGCGGAACGCGCGAUCGCUAAGAACGGUUUGCCACUUGGCAAAAAUAUACCCACUAUCGAGUUGGUGCCGCGCGUCAAGAUGCUCGAGACCCUCGGCAUGAUGGAGGCGCAACAGCAAACGCAGCAGCAACACUUCCCGAUGCAGGAACAGCACCAGAGACCGCCGCGCUUCUCCGGCCCGAUGGGCCAUAUGCUGCGCUUCGGCAACACCGGCUUCGGGCCCCGUUGCCCGCCCGGCGGCCUAAUGGGAAUGCCGCGUCACAUGAUGAACCGCCAUCCACCGUCCAUGGACUACGUCGAGGGUUUCGGUAAGCCCGGCUGCGUCUUAUCGCUCGAGAACGUGCCGUUCAAGGCGGACAUCAACGAGAUUAUCGACUUCUUCGGUGAUUUUGACGUGAAACGGGAAAACGUGAUUCGCCGCUACAACGAGAGGGGCAUGCCGACGGGGGAUGCGCGCGUGGCCUUCUCGUCGCCCAGCGAGGCACAGCGAGCGCUCAAGGAACUUAAGCACUGCAAGAUGCGAGAGCGCACCAUAUACAUGAAAGUGGCGUGAGACCUAUCAUUCCGCCGCGAAGAGGCUGAUGACAAUGCAUGAACGGAUCACCGUCACCGCAGUGACGAUAUCCGACCGGAUCGGACGAAGCUCUUUGUGUGCAGAACAAACGCAAUAUUCAAUAAGAUGUAAUCUAAGAAUUAACAUAAGAGUCGGUUUUAUAUGAAAAAAUCCUUGCCAACGAGUGCUCGCAAUGGGGAUAGGAAAUGUACUUUCGGAGAUGUACAAUAGAAUGUCAUCUUCGCGUGUGAAAGACUGUACUUCCUUGUUACAUUCGCGCCGAUCUACAUGUACAUAGAACGCGUUAACUUUUAAAGGACAAUCUUCUUCGUUGACUUCAUCUAUGCACAUCACAAUAUACCAUACCGCCCAAAUUCUUUUGUCUAUCGUAAUUCAAGGCAUUUAACCGGUUACUUACUACUGCAUUAAGGACUCGCGUACGUCAUCGAACACGAUCGUAAACGCGUUUAGGAUAAAAAAUGUGUUCGCUGUUGACACACUUUUCGAAGUACAACUCGACCAUACGAUUACCAGGGGAUAUGAACGAAUGUACAUUAUACAUGUAAAAAUAAAACUAUCAUUUUAUUUUUAAUACCAUUGUAAUACCAAAUAACUUUUAAGUUAUAGAAACGAAAGAAGCAGAGUACAAAGUUAGAGAUUCGAAUGAUUACGUUUACUUUACAUUCGCUGACAUGGGCUGAAUUUGUUAGAGGAAUCCGAAGGUUCAUCCGCGGUUCGGAUGUGAUGUAGGGGGCAAUUAUGAAAACCAAGUACAUGUUGCAUAUAUUAUAUAAUGUAUGUACAUUAAAAUCUUACAUAUAUGUAUAUGUAAGGUAUGUUAUUACAUAUCUUGCGUAAUGUAUAUAUUCAUGAUAAUUCAUGUGUAUAUUGCGUACGUUAAAUGUAUAUAAAUGUAGAGAUCAUGCACCAUAAUCUUAUGCGCAAUCGUACAUACAUUUAUCGCGACUGGAUUUGUGUAAAAUAACGAACAAUAUCAACAGUACAUUUAUAGACGCGCAUCAUCGCACAUUGUCACAAACUUGUGUUGUAACGUACACUUGAAGACUUCAAUAAAUUUUUACUCAAAUCUAA